AUGUUCCCGGAAGCCCGCGACCAAUAUGUACCAAUCAUUGACUCGAUCCUGGCGAAGAGCGACCUUAAUACUAUCUCCGAGAAGCGAAUCCGUAAAGGGCUUCAGGAAGAGGUCGGCUAUGAUCUUACUCCGCAGAAGCUUAUCAUGGAACGGUUCGACAUCUUUGCCGAGAAUGGUGGUAUAGAAGCUUCUCCCGAGGCGGCGGUCGCUACUGCUCCUGCGACCAAUGGCCACAGCUCUGCGACACCGGUCGAGGCUUCGUCCCCUGCCCAAUCCUCCAAGUCACAGAAACGUCAGGCGGAUAGUGUGGAACGCGAAUCAGACAAAACUCCUCCGAUGAAGAGGAAAAAGCCCGAUCACGAUGUGGAUGCGGAUGCCCUUUUCGCGGCAAAGUUGCAGGCGGAGGAGAACAUGCGUGCCCGUCCCACUCGCGGUGCUAGCGCACGUAAAGUUCAGCCGGCAAAGAAGAAGACAACCAAGGCUAAAACGUCAAAAAAGGUCAAGGCGGAGGACGACUCAGAUGUCGACUCCAGUUCGGACUCCAAGAAAGUAAACCGCUCUGGUGGAUUUCAUAAACCGCUUACUCUUUCACCGGCAUUGUCAGCGCUGCUGGGUGGUGAAGAGUCGCUUUCGCGACCCCAGACGGUAAAGAAGGUCUGGGCGUAUAUCCGCGAGCACGAACUUCAAGAUCCCACCGACCGACGUCAAAUCCGCUGCGACGAACCGAUGCGCGCGGUCUUUAAGCAGGACCGCAUACAUAUGUUUACGAUGACAAAGAUCCUCAGCCAAAAUUUGUACAGCCCCGAUGAAUAG